GUCCACGAAAGUUUUUUCUCGUUCUACAUAUCUGCUUUUUCUCCCCGUUUCUUUAACCAUUUCGUCAUAUAUACACACACAGUGUGUGUGUGUGUGUAUAUUUAUAUACAAUAUUCUCUCUCUAGAAGUAUAUCGCGAAGAAGAAGAAGAGGAAGCGGAAGAGGAAGAGGAGGAAGCAGAAAUGGUUUCGACGAGGCGAAGUGGAUCUCUCCCGUCGAAUAAUAACAAGAGAUCAUCUUCACCGUCUGAUGAUAACAAUAAUAAACCUUCUUCUCCCAAGCGUCAAAAGGGUGAGAGCAGUAAUACUAAUAAUACAAAUAAUAGUAAUUCGAAGGCAUCAGAGCCUUCGCCGGCGGAAAAUCCAAAGGAAAUAAGUUCUAAUGAUCCGCCGGAACUCCCUGCCACCACCGGCUCCGCUGCCGCCGCCUCUAUAUCUAUUGCCACUCCGGCUGUUGCCGAAGGGACCGCACCAGCUGCAGCGGACAAGCCGAGAAGCUCAUUCACUUCGUGGAAGCAGCACCAAGGUUUCGAAACAAACGCACCUUGGUGUAGGCUUCUGACUGAAUCUCCGCAGAAUCCCACCAUUUCGGUGCACACGACCAAUUUUUUAGUGGGCUCAAGCAAACACGCUAAUCUGUUGAUCCGCGAUCAUUCCAUUAGUGCUAUCUUGUGUUCAAUAAGGCUCACCCAGCGUGAUGGCAAAUCUGUUGCGGUGCUUGAAAGUCGGGGGAGCAAAGGAUGUGUGCAAGUAAAUGGGAAAACAAUUAAGAAAAAUACUAGUUAUGAUCUCAAUUCAGGGGAUGAAGUGGUUUUUGGCUUCCUUGGAAGUCACGCAUAUAUUUUCCAGCAGCUACCUUAUGAACGUAUAAUCAGCACCUCUGCAACAGAUGUUCAAACAAAUAUAGGAAAGUUGAUAAAUGCAGAAAGACGAAAAGGAGAUGCAUCAGCUGUAACUGGUGCUUCAAUUUUGGCAUCGCUUUCUAGUCCGCGGGUGGAUUUGUCGCAUCUUAAGCCUACAUCUCCGACCAGUGGUAAAAAUUACAGAGGGAGUGAUCUGCCUUCCUCCCCCAUAGUUAAUGAAGAUGAGCUAGAUGGCCAAGAAGUUAAUUCAGCUACAAAUCAGGAGAGUGAUGCAGUUGCAGAUGUUGGGGCUGCAAGCAAGAUCCUUCCUCUUGACGGAAGUGUGGAAUCUGGCUUACAGGUAGAAAGAGACUGGGUCAGGGAGCAAAUUCCACCAUCCCUAUCAGGGAUGUGCGCUAGAACUUCAGCAUUUAGAGAAGACAUAGUUGCGGCUAUUAUAGAUGGGCAACUCCUGGAAGUUUCAUUUGACAAUUUCCCAUAUUAUUUGAGUGAGAGCACAAAAAGUAUGCUAGUUGCGGCUUCUUAUAUACAAUUGAAACACAAGGACCAAGUGAAAUUUACAUCCGAGCUUCCUACUCUAAAUCCAAGAAUCCUGCUUUCAGGUCCUGCAGGUUCUGAUAUUUAUCAGGAGAUGUUGGCCAAGGCUCUUGCUCAUUAUUUUGGGGCUAAAUUGCUUAUAUUUGACAGCCAUUCAUUUCUUGGGGGUUCUUCUAAGGAUGCUGAACUUCUGAGGGAGGGACAAAAUGCUGAAAAAGUGAGUAACAUCAGCAAACAAGUUCCUGGAUCCACAGAUAUCCCCAAGGACAUGGGACUUUCAUCUGGUGAAGCAGAUACACCUAAUUCAUCGACUCCCAUUGGCUCAGACUGGCAGACGAAAAUGGAAACAGACAAUGUGCCCUCUCCAGUGAAUGCAGCUAAGAACCCUUCAAUCAAAUUUGGUGACAGAGUUAGAUUUGUUGGUCCAGCUUCUGGUGGUUUCUGUUCAAGUUCUGCCAGGGGCCCAACUAUUGGACUGCGAGGGAAGGUUAUUUUGGCAUUCGAAGAUAAUCCUCUAUCAAAAAUUGGUGUAAGAUUUGACAAACCCAUGCCUGAUGGUGUUGAUUUUGGAGGUCUAUGUGAUAAUGGUCAUGGAUUCUUCUGUAAUGCCAGUGAACUUCGGUUGGAUACCUCAGGUGUGGAGGAUCUCGAUAAGUUACUUAUCAACACAAUGUUUGAGACUGUUUUUGAUGAGAGCCGAGAUUCCCCUUUCAUUUUGUUUAUAAAAGAUGCUGAGAAGUUCAUGGCGGGAAAUUCAGAAUCAUAUGCUAUAUUUAAGAACAAGCUGGAGAAGCUUCCUGAUAAUGUGGUUAUUAUUGGUUCGCACACUCAGACUGACAGCCGCAAGGAAAAGUCUCAUCCUGGAGGCUUGCUUUUCACAAAAUUUGGCAGCAACCAGACGGCUCUGCUUGACCUGGCUUUCCCUGAUAGUUUUGGAAGGUUGCAUGAUAGAAGUAAGGAUAUCACUAAAGCAACUAAGCUUCUAUCAAAACUCUUUCCAAAUAAAGUGACGAUUCACAUGCCUCAGGAUGAAGCACUGCUGGUCAGUUGGAAGCGGCAAUUGGAACGAGAUGCUGAGACCCUAAAACUGAAAGCUAAUCUGUAUAAUUUACGAACUGUCCUGAGUCGUAAUGGAUUGGAUUGUGAUGGACUUGAAAUGUUGAGUAUCACAGACCAAACACUUACAAAUGACAGUGCGGAAAAGGUGGUUGGAUGGGCUUUGAGCCAUCACUUGAUGACAAACCCUGAAGCUGCAGCAGAUGCUAGGCUUGUUUUGACUAUAGAGAGCAGCAUUCAGUAUGGAAUUGGAAUUCUACAUGCCAUCCAGAAUGAAUCCAAGAAUUUAAAGAAGUCCCUAAAGGAUGUUGUGACCGAGAAUGAAUUUGAGAAGAGGCUUCUUGCGGAUGUAAUCCCUCCAAGUGACAUUGGCCUCACAUUUGAUGAUAUAGGAGCUCUGGAAAAUGUCAAAGAUACAUUGAAGGAGUUGGUGAUGCUUCCUUUACAGAGACCAGAACUUUUUUGCAAGGGUCAACUGACCAAGCCCUGCAAGGGUAUCCUUUUGUUUGGGCCCCCUGGAACAGGAAAGACUAUGCUUGCAAAGGCUGUUGCCACAGAAGCUGGUGCAAACUUCAUUAACAUUUCAAUGUCCAGCAUAACUUCAAAGUGGUUUGGUGAGGGUGAGAAAUUUGUCAAGGCUGUUUUCUCACUGGCUAGCAAAAUUGCUCCUAGUGUUAUAUUUGUUGAUGAAGUUGAUAGCAUGCUGGGGCGAAGAGAAAACCCUGGAGAACAUGAAGCCAUGCGUAAAAUGAAAAAUGAAUUCAUGGUGAACUGGGAUGGGCUGCGAACAAAAGACACAGAACGCGUUCUGGUACUAGCUGCCACAAAUAGGCCUUUUGACCUUGAUGAGGCUGUGAUACGGCGGCUUCCACGCAGAUUGAUGGUCAACUUACCAGAUGCCACUAAUAGAGCGAAGAUCCUAAAAGUGAUAUUAGCGAAAGAGGAUUUGUCUCCUGAUAUAGACCUGGAUUCGGUUGCAACUAUGACUGAUGGUUAUUCUGGAAGUGAUCUAAAGAAUUUGUGUGUGACAGCCGCACAUCGCCCAAUUAGAGAGAUUUUGGAAAAAGAGAAAAAGGAACGAGCUGCUGCACUUGCCGAAGGUAGACCACCACCAGCUUUGAGCGGGAGUGCUGAUAUCCGCCCAUUACAAAUGGAGGACUUCAAAUUUGCUCAUGAGAGGGUAUGUGCAAGUGUUUCAUCGGAGUCGAUAAACAUGACAGAGCUACUACAGUGGAAUGAGCUUUAUGGUGAAGGGGGCUCCAGACGGAAAAAGUCACUUAGCUACUUCAUGUGAAGAUGUUUGUACAAGGUGUUCUUUUCGUUCUUCUGAACUCUGUGUUCUCCACCUGCACUAUUGGGUAUGCUGGGCAACUACAGCAUUGUACAAUAGAGUAUUGGUUUGUAUCCGUAGGUUUUUUUUCUUUUGAAAUGGUGGAGGUUAGAAUAGAAUAGCCUCCCCAACCCCAAGUCGACUUAAAGGCUCUCUUCUCUUGCCUUUGUUUUGUCUCCCCAUGGCUGUGCUGUCGAUUAGAAAUGACAGGAUUCAGGCUAAGUUACCCCCAUCGCUACCCCUUAGAGGAAUUAGUUCAUCCUGUGCGUAUAUUUUGUUGCUAUUCUUCAUUCCUAUUGUUGCUAACAAAUAAUGAAAAAUCCUGUUCCGUGCAUAUACUUGUGAUUCUUCA